CGGGUAUUUUCGUCAGUCUGAGUCGAGCAGUGGCGCACAAAGAGCGUGUGCUUUCCAAAGCCAGUGGAGAAUAGUGUUCCUGUGCUCAUUGAAUGUCUGCCGUGAUAGACGUAAAAUGAUUCACGUGGACGAGAGUGAUCCAGUUGGAGAAGUGGAGCCGAGUUUUCCCCACCGGACCAUUGAAAUUCAUAGGGAUAGAGUGCCCAGUGAUCUCUAUGAGAUCUCCUCAGAAGAGCUCGGACGCGGAAAAUACGGCACGGUUUUCUUGUGCCGUGAACGCGCCAGCGGCCUUGAACUUGCAGCCAAAUUUGUCCCAUGCCCAAAGCGUGAAGAUCGCCGAAAUAUGGAACGCGAGAUCGACAUCAUGCGAACACUUCAGCAUCCGCGACUCAUUCAGAUUUACGAUGCCUUCGAUGAUGGCAAGACGAUAAGCAUCAUGUUGGAAUUGAUCUUGGGUGGAGAAUUGUUUGAACGCGUUAUUGGGGAUGAUUUUGAGCUGACUGAGAGAGCAUGCACGGUAUUCAUGAGGCAGAUUUGCGAUGGAGUAGACUUUAUCCACAGCAAUAGCAUUAUUCAUUUGGAUCUCAAGCCUGAAAAUAUCCUCUGUCUGACUAAGACGGGAAAUCGGAUAAAGAUCAUUGACUUCGGAUUGGCCAGGCAUUAUGAUCCUGAUAAGAAGCUCCAGGUGCUCUUCGGUACUCCUGAAUUCACAGCACCGGAAGUCGUUAAUUUUGACCAGAUAGGUUUCUACACGGACAUGUGGAGUGUCGGAGUGAUUUGUUAUGUUCUAUUGUCCGGCUUGUCGCCAUUCAUGGGAGACAACGAUGUGGAGACAAUGACAAAUGUUACACUGGGAAAUUAUGACUUUAACGAUGUUACAUUCGAUGCAGUUUCGGAUGAGGCAAAAGACUUCAUUCAGAAACUCCUGGUGAAUUCGGGAAGUGAACGUUUGACGGCCAAGGAGGCGCAGAAACAUCCGUGGCUCAAGGAGUCCGCUCAGAAUACCGAAUUGCUGGGCACAAAGACAAAGCUGAAGCGAUACGUGAUUAAGAAACGAUGGAUAAAGGCUGUCUACACGAUCAUUGCUCUCCAACGAAUGGGAGCCAAAAUCGAUUUGGAUCUUCUAUGA